UGUUUUUCUCUCCCUCACUCUGCUUCUGUGUUCUGUUUCUCAAUUCAACUUUCCAACAAGCCAACGGCAAUGCCAGAGCUGCAAUCGAAGCCCGAAACUGCCCUAGCUCCGGCUCCGGUUGCGGCUGAGGUGCCAUCUAACGACGCUGUUGCAAAGAAAGCUUCUGAAACAGGGGAAUCCAAGGCUACUGUUGUUGCAUCAGAGAAGACACCAGUUCCUGAAAACAAACAAAGCUCAAGAGGAUCCAUUGAUAGAGAUAUCGCUCUGGCAGAAGUAGAGAAAGAGAAAAAGCUGUCCUAUGUGAAGGCAUGGGAAGAAAGUGAAAAAGCCAAAGCAGAGAACAGAGCUCAAAAACAACUCUCAGCUAUUGCUGCUUGGGAAAACAGCAAGAAGGCAACUCUUGAAGCUGAGCUGAAAAAAAUUGAGGAGCAACUGGAGAAAAAGAAAGCAGAACAUGGUGAAAGAAUGAAGAACAAGGUGGCCUUAGUUCACAAGGAAGCAGAGGAGAAGAGGGCAAUGAUCGAAGCCAAUCGUUGUGAAGAGGUUCUCAAGACAGAGGAAAUGGCGGCAAAAUACCGAGCAACAGGAACCACUCCAAAGAAGACCAUAGGGUGCUUUUGAUUUUUUUGCAUUUUGUGUCUGAUUUCCAAAAUAAUUUGUAAUUGUCCAUUUUGUCCGUGGUUUCUCAUGUUUUGUUCUCAAUGUUUUCUAUGUCCAAGAAAUAGUCCAAAUAAAACAAAAUUUUGUAAAUGUCUUUUGUUUUGAUCAUCUAGCUUGGGCGAAAUGUUCUAUGCAAAGGUGGUGUUUCCUAAGAGUACUACUCUAAUGAUCAACUAAUUGAGUUUCUCUUUAUACAUUCUUCUU